CUGUAGCUUUAAGAAAGUCACCUGAUGACUGAAAGGAAAACUGAUGGAGGAAGCAGGAAGUUCGUCUACCAAGAAAGAGAGCCUGAGCACGUAAACAAUACACAAGAACAGCACAGACGUCAAAGUUUCACGCUUUUUUCGCAAUGGCCGGCAUUAAAGCACUGGUUGGUUUGUCCUUCAGUGGUGCCAUUGGACUUACAUUUCUUCUGCUGGGCUGUGCGCUGGAACAGUACGGGGUAUACUGGCCGCUGUUUGUCCUGGUUUUCUACAUAUUAAGCCCCAUGCCGACCUUCAUAUCCAGACGCCUCAGUGAUGACGACUCCUCCAGCAAUGCAUGCAGAGAGCUGGCCUACUUCUUAACAACUGGCAUUGUGGUAUCAUCGUUUGGGCUUCCUAUUGUGCUAGCCCGCACUGGAAGAAUCAUGUGGGGUGCCUGCGGUCUUGUGAUGACAGGAAACGCUGUCAUCUUCCUCACCAUCCUUGGCUUUUUUGUUGUGUUUGGAGGUGGGGACGACUUCAGCUGGGAGCAGUGGUAGAGUGCCUUCAGACAGUGGACAGACAGAAGGACAGCUGGACGGACAGAUGGAUGGGUGGGUAGGUAGAUAGUUAAAUGGAUAGACUGCAGACUGAGGGGUGUGUGUCCUGCACUCAAUGGGAGAUGAUGUGCGUGUACAAUAUAGGCUGCAAAAUGUCAAAUUUACUGGGCAUAUUUUCAGGCCGUUAUUUAUAUUAGGGGUUUUUAUGGUUGGAGACAACACUAUGUACCCUAUUAAUGUGCCUUAUGUCUGGGACCAGAGAGACACUGAUGCCUAUACCCCUCUUCUGCUGUAACCCCAUCACAAUCCACCUUAGCCUGCGCAUUUUAGCUUGUUUCACCUUUGUUUCAACCCCCAAAUCACCCUGCUCAUUGCAGCUGCGUGCUAUUUCAUUAUGCUUCAGUUAAUCAAUAUCAUAAAGGGAUCCUAAAGAGUAACUAUUGUAAUGUACACCACAGUGCUCACUGUAUUAUCUGUCCUUAUUGUUUAAAGGGGAAGUGGCUAUACUGAAUUAUGGCUUGCUUAUUAUGAGCACUGUUUGCUGUUUUAAAGUAUAAAGGCAGAGCAAGUUAUCAUAAUCCAUGCUAUCUGACAGCUGUUAGUUGUAGGACUCCUAAUCAGGUAAAGAUAUAAUUGUGUGGAGAUGAUGUGUUUGUAUGUUUUCAUUUUGCUACAAGACUUUAAAGCCUUACUUGUUGUUCUGGUGCAAUUGUUUACAUUCUCGCCAAAGAUCAUUUUAGAGUGCAAAAAUGGAGCAUAUUCACCAAUGCACUGUGGGUUUUAAUCUGUGCUAUGCAGCAAUAUGAUCCUCAAAAGCAAACUGAGAAAGCAUUUGAAAAAGCACUGUUUAGUAAAUAUCAUACAUCUAAGCAUCUAUGUUCAAUUAUUGUGUGAACAGACUAGAAAAAGUAACCAUAUCCAUGUUAUAUUCCUGCAGACGACAAAGAAAUUCAUACUAUUGACAAGAGCAUAAUACUAAUUUGAAUCAUAUUUUUACAUGUUGAAUGGUAAAUACAGUACAUGUAUUUUUUUAGGCCAAGUGUUUUUGUCCUAAAAGAGAGGGCUUCGCCUGCAAACUCAUUCACAAGUGCCUCUCAUUCACAGUGUAUAUUUUGAUUAAUAGAGAAAUCGCUGUGAUUUGGUUUUGAGUCCGUAUUUUUGUGUUUCAUCAUCAGGGGCCAUUGAAAUCUGUAAUUGUAUAUCAAUAUUACAUCCUCAUGUUCUAUUUAAUCCCUGUCAAUAACUGACUAUUAAUGAAGUUCUGAAGUUUGUAUCAUCAGCCCACUUCAUAGACACUAUCACAGAAAAUUCUAGUUAGUGUCAUGUAAUUUUUGUUUAAUCCUUAAAUGCUUUACAAGGGAAAAAAUAUAUAACUGACAAGUUCAAUAAAGAAAGUUUGUUCUUUCUAUUGUGACUCCCAUACCCGCACUUUGAAAACACUAAUGAGUGCUGAACAGCUCUCAAAGGUUAUUUUACAUGCUCCUGACUGCAUUUUGUUUUCUAACAUUGAUUAAAACUCUCUGUAUAAACAAA